UCCACUGAGCUACGCCAGCCAGGGCUGGUCCCUGUACUUCUUGCCUGCACACUCCUGUCACACUGCACACACCUCCACCAUCUGCUUCACACAGCUGGGCCACCCUCCCAACAGCCUGGGGAGGGUGGACCAGCAGUGCCCGGGCCCAGGAGUCCUCAGCAGUGGAAGAAGGUCUAGGUGACCCGGGGGAAGGGUGUUCCUGGGGCACCUUCUGCCCCUUCACCAGCUGGUGGCUGGGUCUGGCACCAGCCCUCCCUCCCCUAAACCACAGCACUGCAAUUCCUUGCCACCUCCUCUCUGGACCCAGCCAAGGAACUGGUGCCCAGAGUGGCUUUAUCCCUGCCCCAACCUUCCAGGAGCCCCCUAGUCUGGGGCAGACAGAGCCAACGCAGACACUGCCAGUGCUGAGGGCCAGGACUGGGCUGGAGGAAAAAGUUGGGGAUGGGGACACCCAGAUGAGCCCAGAAAGGUAAUGUCCAAGAAGGUGGAGGAAGGGCUUUUUGAGUAGCAUCUUGAAGAAUGAAUAGGAAUUUCCCAGAUGGGGAUGAGCAACUGCAAAAAACACCAUGUCUGAAGUGCCUCCUGUAUGUUUGGCUAUGCCCCUUGUACAUCGUGUAACUUUCUCUCCAGUGAAAGUCCCAGUCCUUAUUUUCCAGAUGAAGACACAGGUGUGACAGAGUGGAAUGACUUGCCCCAGGCAACACUUCUGGGCUCUUUCUGGCCCUUUCUCCUCUACUUGUUUUUCAGCAUCUUCAGCCUUCCGCCGUAACCAGAGAGGGGAGAGAGGCAACACCGUGGGGAGGGUGGGGGAGGCCACAUCUUACGCUCUUGCUAUGGAGUUUAGCACAUAAUAAUAAGUCCUUUUUGAGUAAAUCAUUCUUCCCAUCAGCGCACCAAGCUGGGAUGAUGUCCCCAUUUCACACCUGAGACUACUGAGGCUCAGAGGCAUUCCUGGGAGGGGGUUUCCCCAGCUGCCUCGGCAGCAUGAUCCUCCAAGUAUCUAUCUCUCCUUGGAGAGCAGCCGUAGACCCUGCCCAGCUGUGAUUCCUGGAGUGUUUACUGUGCACCCGGGGUGGGCUGGACCAGGCAGGCGGGGGCGGACAAAGUCCGGGGAAUAUAAAGGCCCGGCCAGCAGCAUCCACUCAGUCCCAGUUCAGAGCAGCAGGAGCAUAGCCAUGCCAGGGCAGCGACCCACGACACCGUGCUAUCCUGCAAUGCUGCUGAUGCUGCUGACGCUCUCGUGGCUGCCGUCGGGAGGAGCCCUAUCUCUGGCCCAGGAGCACCUCCCAGCCUUCCCGGGACCCUCAGAAGUGCACUCCAGUCCAAAUGCCUCCAGAUUGCGGGAGCUGCGGAAAGGAUAUGAAGAUUUUCUGACUAGGCUUCGAGGGAACCAAACUUGGGAAGACUCGAACCCUGACCUCAGCCCUGCCACUCAAGUCCAGAUACUCACCCCAAAGCUAACACUUGGACCAGGUGGUCACCUGCACCUGCGCAUCCCUCCGGUCAACCUGACUAAGGGGCUCCCCGCAGCCUCCCGCCUGCAUCGGGCCCUGCUCAGACUGUCCCUGCCAGAGUCGAGAUCCUGGGAUGUGACGCGACUGCUGCAGCGUCACAUUGGCAGCGUCGGAGUCUCCGGGGCGUCUGCACUGGGCCUGCACCUGCUGCCGCCUUCCGCUCGGUGGCUGGCUGCACCACCUUCUGCACAGCUUCGGCUGGAGCUGCACUGGAGGCCAAGCGCCCGCAGGGGACGCCGCAGCGCGCCCGCGCGCGCCCGGGACAGCUGUCCGCUUGGGGAGGGGCGAUGCUGCCGCCUACAGAGCUUGCGCGUAUCGCUCGAAGACUUGGGCUGGUCCGACUGGGUGAUUGCGCCGCGGGAGCUGGACGUGCGCGUGUGCAGCGGUGCGUGCCCAAGCCAGUUCCGAUUGGCUAACAGGCAUGCCCAACUGGUGGCGCGUCUGCACCGCUUGAAGCCUGGGCUUGCUCCUGCACCAUGCUGCGUUCCCUCCAGCUACGAGCCGGUGGUACUCUUGCACCGGGAUAGCGAGGGCCGUGUGUCCCUCACGCCCUAUGAGGACCUCGUGGCCAACGACUGCCACUGCUUAUGAGCUAACCUAGGCCUUCACUUGUGGCACGUGUGCAAUGGGGGUGACCUCUGCCCUUGCCUGUUGAAUGGAAUAGGCUAGUGGGACCUGAAGUACCCCAUCAUAACCACUGCCGUCUGCGGCCUCCCGCCUACACUGCUGUAUUUAUAAGUUGGUAUUUAUUACUAAUUUAUUGGGGUUACCGACCUGGGGACCAAAGGGCUUGGGGAGGACUGGGCCGGCAAAGUGUGCAGUUAUUUAAACUCUGGUUAAUAAAAAUGAAGCUAUCUGA